UUGUGGAACCUGUCUUUCGGCCGCCGGAGGAAAUGACGGACAGUGUUGUCCGACGGACCAGCAGCAUCCGCCGGAGUUGUCAAUACAGAACACGUGUUUUCAACCGGUGAUCAAACUUCGCACAUACAACUAAAACAUGCCGAAGGCGGGGAAAGGUAAACCAACUCAGAAGGAGAAGGUGUGUCAUCCCUAUAGCAGGAAAGCUGCUUACUUGGCCAGCCAGGAGAUACGUCUGGGAAAGAAGGAGAGACAAAAGAGUGAGAAGGCCACUCGUCUCAACAGCAUUGGUGAUAAGCUGCAGUGGUUUCAGAGCCAGCUGGACUCUGAGAAGACAGAGUUCACCAAACAGGACGCCUGUCACAUCAUAGAGAGGUACCUGCAGAGGUUUGACGGGGAGUUGGACCAGAUAGAGCUGGUGAACGGGAUCAAAGGUCGUCAGGGUCGUCUCCAUGGCAGCAGGGAGACCGUCAUCAAACAGACUGUAGAGAGAGAGACCGCUCUGUACCAUGGCAACGGCUUCGAGAUUCCAGACAUCAUCAACUCUAAACAUCUCAAGACCUUCAGGGAGUGGAGCGGCGAUCUAAAGAAGCUUCCCAACAUCAAGAUGAGGAAGUUCUCUUCCCGAGGGACGGACAGAACAGGAGGAGGAGAGGAGGAGGAGGGGACCGCCGGAGGAGAGGAGGAGGAGGGGACCGCCGGAGGAGAGGAGGAGGAGGAGACCGCUGCAGGAGAGGAGGAGGAGGAGACCGCUGCAGGAGAGGAGGAGGAGGAGACCGCCGGAGGAGAGGAGGAGGAGGCCUUAAUGAAGGACUCAGAUUCAGACGCCCAGGAAGAUGCCCCAUAAUGCUUUGCAUGUUAGAACUCUGGGGAUGUCAGCCAUCCUACCUGACUGGGGUUAAGACAACGUGUGUGUGUGUGUGUGUGUGUGUGUGUGUGUGUGUGUCAAUACAGACAUCUAAUAAACCUAAAUACAGGCCGA